CACAGGUACAAUGUCAAACACGCCAGUCUACUGCCACGCAUCGGCAGACAAGACGUCAACCAGACACAAAUGCAGCAUUACUACGACCGUUAAAAAACACUACAUUCCAUACGUCGUAUAAUACGGAGAGCUCACGAAGAGCUCUGGCGUCUAGAGCUGGCCUCUCGCUUGUACGCUUCCUCUAUAAAGUCGAACACCGUUGGGGGUUGCCGGCUAGUCUUCAGUCUUCCGACUGAGUCGUGGAUGAAGCGGCACCUUGAGCCCUGGUUGCAGAAGCCUUCCCUGUGGAAUUUACACAGCCUGUCGAUCUUCUUCGUCCGGUCUUGAAGCUCCUGCGACCAGCCCAGGCAGGAACCGAUGAAGCAGAAUGUAUGUAUAUUCAUUGCCACACGCACCUGCUCUCCGUGAGCGAACCAGCAGCGACGUCCCAUACUGCAUUCGCCCGUCUCCAUGAAAGAGGGGCACAACCUGACCUUGAUCACUGAACAGGCAGACAAACAGACAGACAGACAGACAGACAUGCACGGUGGAGAGCGGUGGAUAGGUGCGUGAGUGCGUGUACGUACAGCGAGUAAGAGGUCGCAGCUCGUCCUCUCCGUGCGCAAAGGAACAAUCAUCUCCGUGUGGGCAGCGGUGCCGUAGGGUCCAAUACCUGAUAGACACGGCGAAUCAUAGGGCACAGCGUCCACUGCCUGCCCGGCGUGCUCGUCCUUACUUGCAGAGCGCAGUCGGUGUGAUACGGAUGACUGUGCGGGCGCUGUCGGUGUCGCCGUUGCUAUCGUCAGGUGACAGCUCCUCGCGGCUGCUCUCGUCCUGACACACACAGGCACAGAGGCAUGUCUACUGAUCGACACUCGUUUGCGCACGAGUACAUCGUAUAGGGUCAUGAGCACACAUACUGCGUACAGGCCUCUCUGCACAAAGCAUCUUCUGCCCACCGCCGAUGGCAUGGAGGCCCUGUGGUCUCUCUCAGUAGUCCUCGGUAUCUUAAAUGCGCCGCCCCCUCGCUCAGUCAACCUGUCGUCUGAAAACGAAAUCUGACGAAGCAAGGAAGAGCAGGCAACACCCAUGAUAAUGCGAUGUUCCUGCCUGUCUGCCCGUGUCGGCUCUUACGUCUGUCGUGUUGCGAACUGAUGAGUACUGCGAUGGCUGAGACUGACGGGCUGGACCACUCACGUUGGGGCCAAAUUGCACGGGAGCACUGACAACACACAAGGACAACAGACAACGAACGGGUGUAUUUGGUUGCUUUGCGGGUGCCCUUUUCCCGCCGUGUAACACACGUGCAGAGGAGCUCCGUGACGCCCGCCGAAACCACCCUCCAGAUCGAUCGCCGCGUCUCUGUCGGGAUGCGAGGCGAUGCAGUCGACGAGAAGCACUCAGCGGACCCAGCAAGUGCAUCUCCCAGCCCGACCCUCUUUUCCACGCCCGUCACGAUGCCGUAGAGCUUGCCGCAGGCGUCCUUUGUGGCCUGGAAUUUGUCAUCAAGCGUCGCAAUCUUGGGCUUCAUCCUGUCGAGCAGGUCGGUCAUCUCGGUGCCGCCCCAUGCCAGGAUGUCGGUCUUCCUCUCGUUGAUGGCGGUCCGGUUGUCGUGUAUGGCCUUCAUGAUGGUGGACAGGUGAUGCUGAAUGCCUUCGAAGACGAGCUGCUCGUGUGGGGGCCCGCUGCUGCUGUGCGCUCGGAGCGACACCAUCAGACCGGACAGGCCGAGAAGCUCCACCAAGAUGUCCUCGUCAGAUGCACUCUGCAUACAUGCGCAGCCCAGAGAGUAGCUACGAACGGUACGGGACCCUGUUCGCUCCAUCGUGACCUUUCUCUUUCGAUCGUGUUCGAUCGUGUCAUGCUCCCCUCCAUCGGGCGCACACACGGCUCCCGAUGCGCCACUGACACGGAAGCGAGAAACAUAUCCCCGUCAUUGAGUCGUGAGUCACAAGUGCCUACCCUCCUUGCUGCACGGCCAUUUCCUCGUCGGCUGCUGCCGGACCAGCGGGCGGGCCGGGCGGGAGGAACUGUGGUGGCUGCAGCUGGCCUGUUGCGCUGCCUCUGCGAGCGCGUGUGAUGCCCUUCUCGGCCGCAAAGUCUCGCUGACGGCACUCCUCCACGAACACCUUGUUGCUGGGGUCUUCGUCGUCUUCCAAGGCACCGUCGGGAGGCGCAUUGGCCUGAGAUGGAGGACAGAAACGGGGCAAUGCGCUUGUGGAAUCAUCCUCUUGUGCUUCAAUCGAUCCAGCAGCAGCACCACCACCACCAGCAGCAGCAGCGGCAGCAGCAAGAGGGGGCGACGGAGCAUCAAACAAUGGAGGGGCUUCAAUAGCUGCACACACAAAACACAUGUCUGACUGUGGCAAGUGACAUGUAGCCUCACCGUUGGAAUCCUCUCUUGGAAUCCUCUCUUGCGUUGGGAGCUGCCAAUCCGUCUUGUGGUGUGUGAGCAGGUCGCUCUCCAUCGCCCUCAUCCAUCAUACGAUCUGCACAGCAUAACAUUGAACACUUCUUCUCCGUCGCUCGCAGCCGCAACAAUGAUGCAGCUCACAGACGGCUUCGUGUGUGGCUUACCACCGCGGUUGUCGCCUCGAGGAGGCUCAUUUCCACCACCAGCUGAUUCAACAGACGGCCUAGCAGCCCUGGUAAGAGAACUGACAGCAGACAGCACAAAUGGGUGCACUUCGCGGCCUAUCAUGCGUUGCCUUGUGAGUGUAAUGCAUACGUGCAGAAGACGUCCGCGACGCCCGCAGCCACCUCCUCCCAGAUUGGCUGCUGCACCUUUGUGGGGAUGGGGUGUGAUGCGGUCGAGGAAAAACACAGAGCGAACUCGUCCAGUGCGUCCCCAAGCUUGCGCCCUCUGGGGUCGGGCGAGAUACUCUGACACAGGUUGUCGUAGGCGUCUUUUGUAGCCUUGUACUUGUCGCCAAGGUGGUCGAUCUGAUCCUGCAUCCAGUUGAGGAGGUCCAUGAUCAUGUCGUGGCCCCACGCCAGGAUGUCGGUCUUCCUCUCGUUGAUGGCGGUCCGGUUGUCGUGUAUGGCCUUCAUGAUGGUGGGCAGGUGAUGCUGAAUGGCCUGGAAGACG